UCGCCUAUUUCACUACCGUUUGUCCGGCCGAUCGGUUCACAGUUGUUGUGCUAGCAGCGCUCCAGCGCUUGUUUGCGUUGCCGAUAACCUUCCGUGAUCGCACACGCAACCGACAAAUGCGGACCGAACGGUUCGGUUGCGAUAAGCAGAGCGGUGUAAAGUAUUAACGAAGCCAAAUUAGACCGUUGCGUUUAUAGCUGCAAAAGAAUUUGAACCAAAAGCAACCGAAAGUGUUGCUAGUUCUCCAUCAACCAUCAGUGUAGCCGGUUGUUCACAGAAUGGGACGCUCGCGUGUGACAUCCACCGCGGUGACGGUGCUGCUGUGCCUAACCGUGGUCAGUGUUGUGGAAGGUGGAUUUUUGGAUUGGUUUCGAAGCAACAAAAACAAGGGACACGAUGUGUGUCGCGUUGAGUUUGAGGUGCUCGAUCCGCAGGGGUUGCGUCUGUGGACGGCCCAAAAGGCCCAAAUGAAGGGUUUCGGUGUGGAGCUGUUCAUCAAUCCGGUGCACGGGCGAAAGCAGCAGCAGUGUAAUGUGUGCCGCAACACGACCGAGGUCACGCACGGAAAGUUCUUCCUGCAGGACGAUAACGUGAUCGUCAAGAGUGGUGACAUACUGGAGUACGUGAUCGUUACCGACAAUGGGAAGACGGUGCAGCGCCACAAACCAAGGAAACUUAUUGUGGAUGAAUUCCUGAUCAAACCGAAAGGCAGAUGUGCCUGUCCGCCGGGUACCGUUACACCUGCGACACCGACGGAAACCGCCAAACAGGUGUUUGAGGAACCGACCGCCGAGAUCGCACUGCUCGAACGCAUUCUCGAGCGGGUGUCGAAAAAGUGUGCCGAGGGUGUAAUGUCCAGCUAUCUGUUCCUGCAAACCGAUCGGGUCGAUGGUCCGACCGACGAUUUGAAGCAGGUCGUGCGCAAUUACUUCCAGAACAGGGACGCUCUGAAGCCACUCGCGGAAUCGAUCAAGUCCGCGGAAGACGGCUCCGAUGGCAUCGUGUUUCGAGUGAACAACAUUAUCGAUAAACUGAAAAUAUUGGAACUUGCUCGCCAGGACAGUGACAUACUGGACUACGACAAGCUAACCGCGAUCGAUGAUCUGGAUAUUCGUGCUUCGUUCGAUGAAGCUUCAUAAGCUAAACAAAAAAAACCCUUUCUUUUUUGAGAUUAUACAUGAAACUGAGAAAUAAUAAAGCGUAUGCAACAUAAUACAAAAACAAA